UGGCAACCCUGAUCUGUGCUGCUGAAAAGUAGAUUCGAGUUUAAAUGUUUUAAAAAACACAAUCUGUCGAAAGCUGUCGUUUAAGUAGCACUUACUUGGAAGCAGAGUGUAGAAUUCAGUGUAUCAAUCAUGUCGUUCUAUCCGUCUCUGGAGGAUAUGAAGGUGGAUAAUAUGAUGAGGGCUCAAAUAUCGCAGCAUCAAGUACCACCGUCAUAUGUUGCUCCGCAACUUUGUGCCACGCCUAGUGCCCCUAGUGCUACUCAUGUUUACCCAACAUUGGGAGAAUAUAUGGGCAUGGAGCUGUCCCAGGCUGUAAUUGCGCUUAACAUGCCCGAAUACCAAAUACAACAGGUUCAGCCAACAAGUAGUAAUGUGGUUGCACCUCUAUCAUCCCAGUCCCUUUCCCUGCCUAAGGCAACUGUAACUCAGGCUAUCAGACAAGUUGUUCUUUGCAAGGACAGAAAUGGAAAGUGUGGCUUAAGACUCCAUUCAGUUGACAGUGGAGUAUUUGUAUGCUAUGUUGCUGCUAACAGUCCUGGUGCCUUGGCCGGCUUAAGGUUUGGUGAUCAGAUAUUAGAGAUCAAUAAUGUCACUGUUGCUGGAAUGACAAUGGAUAAAUGUCAUGAUAUCCUUAAGAAAGCUCCUGCAAAUAAUAUCACCAUGGCUGUUCGUGAUAGGCCAUUCGAGAGAAAUGUAACUUUACACAAAGACUCUUUGGGUCAUGUGGGAUUCCAAUUUAAAAAUGGAAAAAUUAUAGCAUUGGUUGUUGAUUCAUCUGCUGCUCGGAAUGGCUUAUUGACAGACCACCAGAUACUGGAAAUAAACACAAUAAAUGUCGUUGGCAUGAAAGAUAAGGAAAUAUCUAAAAUUAUUGAUGAAAGUCCUUCUGUUGUAAAUAUUACAAUAAUACCUUAUUGUAUUUAUGAACGUAUGAUAAACAAGAUGUCAUCAUCGCUUUUCAAGGAACUGGAUCGCACACCAGCAGCUUGA